CAUGUUUUAGCUAUAAAAUGUAAUAUGCACAAACAUUGAGUUGGGUUUUUGAAAAAGCCAAAGCCAAGUGAAUCGAAGAAGCAUCGUUUGAAUUUGCAUAAAUUUGCAUGCGUUUUGGCGGAUUUGCUGGCUGAACCAAAAAGCAUAAUGGGGCGUGAACAAUAGCUCAUAAAUAAAGUUUAGCCAAAAUAAAAAAAAACAACACAAGCUCCCAAAACAGUUUGGAAGCAGAAAAGACAAUCAAUUGGCACACCGAACCGAAGGUAUGGCGCCUUCGCACGUUCUGUUCUGUUGAAAAGAAUUCAUCAAUGGGCAUGUCGCGGAGGCAGUGCGGAAAUCCCGCAAUAGGUGUCGCUGCUCACGCGUCACUGACAGCACCUGUUGAGCCGAAUCGAAUCGAAUCGAAUCGACAGGAACAAGUUCUGGCAUUUGAAAGGCGUUUUAUUUCAUUCGUAAAUAAGUUAUGAUGCUGCCUCGCAUUGUUCGUCAAAGCAAGCCACCAAUGACCAAUGCGGGGUAGUAUCCACUAUACACUAAUAAUGGCAAUGAUAAUGGCACCUCUCAAGUAUCUUACUUAUGUAUACGAUUUAAAAUUAGCAUAACGCCUUACGAAGACAUUGUUGUCUUGUAGUUGUAGCUGUCUCUGGUUAUGUUCUUUGCCGGUUUUAUUACUCUACUUUCGAGCGAUGCGACAGGGUUCUGACCGCUAUAUAAGAUCUCGGUAUCUGCCAAAAAAAUCAACACAAAUCAUCCACCAACCAGCAACCACCAAUCAGCCAAACAUCUCAACAUGAAGUUCUUCAUUGCUUGCCUCCUGUUCGCCGCCUGCCUGGCCCUGUCCCAGAGCAGUGUCAUCCAUGGAGCUGCUUAUGCCCCAGUGGCUACCGUGCCACUGGUUCGCACCGUCCCGGUGGUGCGCACCAUACCGGUCGUCCGUCAUGUUCCAGUCGUGCGUACAGUGCCCGUUGUCCGUCAUGUGCCCGUCUACGAGAACGUGGCCGUUCCUUCCGUCGUCCGUGUCGGGCAUGCCGCCGUCUACGAUGCUCCCCUGGCCUACGGUGGCUGGCUGAAACAGAAAUAAGUGCAGUGCUGCCCGCUUCUACUCGACCGCUAACUUAACUUAACCGACUUGUCUUUUUUUGUCUAUUAAUAAAUUACAAUACAUCGAAAAAUUGUAUGAUAUGAUAUCAACGAAAUUAAAUGGACUUCUAGUCAUCAAA